GGGCGGUUCGGUUAAUGUACCAUAGAAAGGAAACGCGAUAUAUGGCGGCGAAAUUUGGCGCUCAGGAGCAAUUUUUAGGUGCCGAAAAGUCUUUAUUUCAAGUUUGGGGUUUACAUCCACACCCAUAUCACUCUUUUCAUUUCUUGCCUUCAUUGAUCCUCAGUCUCACCUCCUCGCCGCGGCAAAUAUACCAUCUCCGGCCGAGGGAGCUAUGUCGACAAUGGCGGAAGACGGGUUCGCUUCUCACAAGAGAGACCCUGUCAAGUCAUCAGUUGGUGGCGUGGCUUCGCAGAAGAGGCGGCAGCAUGCUGUUGCAGUUCGGAAAGAACGAAGAGAGUCCCUGGUCAGGGCAAAGCGCCUGUGCAGAGUUGGGUCUAGCGGUGAUGAUGCAGAUACUCCCCUAAACAAUGCGAUGAUGGUUGAUGAAGAAGAAUCAGUUUUGGAUGCUCAAGCUGCUGCUGCUGUGGAGGAAUUGAAGUCUGCUGUUGCUAAUCAGGGUAAAGGAGCAAUGCAGAAGGUAGUUGGCGCCCUUCGUGAACUAAGGCGUGUUCUAUCUCGGACUGAAUUCCCCCCUAUUGAAGCUGCUCUUGAAGCUGGUGCAAUGCCCUUACUUGUCCACUGUCUUGCGUUUGGUUCUCCAGAUGAACAGUUGCUUGAGGCGGCUUGGUGCCUAACAAAUAUUGCAGCGGGGAAACCAGAAGAAACAAAGGCAUUGGUGCCUGCACUACCAUUGCUUAUUGCUCAUCUUGGAGAAAAGAGUUCCUCGCCUGUUGCUGAGCAGUGUGCAUGGGCACUGGGAAAUGUUGCUGGCGAAGGAGAGGAGUUACGUAAUGUUUUGCUAUCCCAAGGAGUCUUAUUACCUCUUGCAAGAAUGAUGCUGCCCAGCAAAGGUUCAACUGUGCGAACAGCUGCUUGGGCACUAUCAAACCUGAUCAAGGGACCUGAUCCUAAGGCAGCAACAAAUCUUAUUAGAGUUGACGGAAUAUUGGAUGCCAUUACUCGCCACUUGAGGAAAGCGGAUGAGGAGUUGGCAACUGAAGUAGCAUGGAUAACUGUAUAUCUCUCAGCUCUGUCAAAUCUUGCUACUGCCAUGCUAGUAAAGUCCAAUGUCCACGAAUUGCUCUUGCAUAGGCUCGCGACAUCAACUAGCUUACAAUUGCUUAUACCGUUGCUAAGGAGUCUUGGUAACCUAGUGGCCGGAGAUUCUCAAACAACUUCUGCCAUUUUUAUGCCUGGACAGGAGAUUACAGGCAAGUGUGAUAAUAAAUAUAAUAUAAUCGGAGUCCUAACUAAAUGUCUGAAGAGUGAGCAUAGAGUCCUGAAGAAGGAAGCUGCUUGGGUGCUGUCCAAUGUGGCAGCAGGUUCCGUAGAACACAAGCAACUGAUAUACAAGAGUGAAGCUGUAAUACCGCUGUUACUGCACCUCCUUUCAACAGCGGCAUUUGAUGUACGAAAAGAAGUGGCUUACACAAUAGGCAACCUCUGUGUAGCUGCAGCAAGCGAACAAGAUAGUGGGAGGCUAAGCCUGAUUCUGGACCACUUGGUCUUCCUCGUUGAAAAAGGCUGUCUUCCUGGUUUUAUUGACUUGAUUCGAUCCGCUGAUACUGAAGCUGCAAAGCUAGGACUUCAGUUCAUGGAGAUGGUUCUGAGAGGAAUGCCGAAUGGCGAAGGACCGAAGCUUGUUGAAAGGGAAGAUGGGAUUGAAGCCAUGGAGAGGUUUCAGUUUCACGAGAACGAGGACUUGAGGAAUAUGGCUAACGGUUUGGUGGACAGAUAUUUUGGCGAGGACUAUGGUCUCGACCGAUAGUGGCCACCUGAAUGUUGCGUAUAUUAACAGGGACAUCUCUUUGGACGCUAUAUUUCUAUCCAGCCAAUGUAAAUUCAAAUUGUCAAAUCCAAUGUACGAGUGGGGCUGGCCUAUCAAUCUUUUCCUUUGAUAUUUUGGGUCAGCGGUAAGGAAUCGGAAAAUUAUUACCUUGAAGUCUAUGUAGGUUGCAUAAACCUUAAUUGGUCUUUGUAUGGGUUGAGAUCUGAGAUUAAAAAACUUCUUAUUAAAAUUACUUUUCUAAAUGGA